CAGCUCGCAUGCCUUUCCCAGCUCUCCCCGCGGCCAUGGAGCGGCGGCAAGGCGAUGGCGGUAGAGUGCUAUCUAUCGACUCGGUUGAUGAAUCCAGACAAACAACCGAUUCAUCGUCGGUCGUCCAGGCGUCGGGCGAGUCGGCGCCUCUGUGGCUGUCGCUGGGCAACCAUUCCCACAGCAGCAGCCACAUCUACCACCAGCAGCAGCAUCAGGACAGCAGCAUCAGCGCCAAUCCCUACCACAUCGUCCUCUACAAAGGGCGGCAGAUUGUGGUCUACAACCCAUACCAACAGAGGAUUGGCGCGCAGUGUCUGACCAGCGUCGAGGAGGAGGCCAUACGCGUCCGGUAGGCAGGCACUCGACAGACAAGGGAGAGAUCUCCGUGUAUGUGGGAUUUCACGGGUGGCCCCGCGCGUGUGUGCCUGUCUGUUCUCUGUCAGGCGACUGGCUCGGUGUCCGAUGUGCUCCCAAGUGGUGGACUUGCAGUAAGACAUGCACACACGGCACAACACAGCACCAUGCAGAAGGAGCGAGCACCCUUCAAUCUCCCUGUGUGUGUGUGUGUGUGUGUCAGGACCUUCUCCUUCAUGGCGUCAUCCUACUUCCACAUCCUUCACGUACGCUAUACACACACAUCCAUCCAUCGAUCCAUCCAUCCAUCGAUCCAUCCAUCCAUCCAUCCAUCCAUCGACCGCCCUGUGCUUUGUUUUUCUCCUGCCCUUCUUUCUGCUCAGGAGGUGUACAUGCGCCAGUUCCACCAGCGUAACUCCAGCCCGACUGGCCAGGCCGCCCCUAUGGCCACCAACAGCGGCGAGCAUGGGCACGAGGCUGCUGGAGCCGCCGAGGCUACCAACCCCUUCAUCGUUCAACCGCCAGCUGAUGGCGGGCCACCUGAGAGCGGCGGACAGCCUGUCACCAAGGUGGGUAACUGGGUGUUGGGUGCGCGGGACUGAGAGGACAACAGGGUCCGUUGUGACGCGUGCUUGUGUGUGUUUGCCGGUCAGAACAUUCCCCCAGGAUUGCUCGUGACGGGGUACUAUGACCGGUUCUUCAUCGAGAUCCGGAAACUCGGUGGGAUAGAGAGUGCGAUGGGUGGGUCCAUCAUGUCGGCGCGUAUAAUGUGUUGUCCCUUGAUGACUGCAAUGCACAGGUUCCGGCAGCUACGGUCAGGUCUAUCUCUGCAGGCACGUCCUCGACGACCUCAGCCUGGUAUGCUUGUGCGCACACCCGUGAGCAUUCUGGUCAAGGUCGGCAGGUCAGAAAGACCAUUGCGGCGCUCUGUCGUGGCUUGUGCAGGGCGACUACGCCGUCAAGAAGGUGCCUGUGGGCGACGACAGGCAGUGGCUCAGAAAUGUAAGCCCUUACAGCCCAUACACAUGAAUGAGAGCAUCUGCAUGUCUGCGUGUCUGGUGCAGAUGAUCCGUGAGGUCAAGAUUCGCGAGAAGCUCCACCACCCCAACAUAGUCGACUACAAACACUCCUGGCUGGAGGUGGGCAGGGCGACGAUCCCAUCCUCUCCGUGUGCAAUCCCGCAGCUCUCGCCGCUCUCACUUGUGUGUUUGAUCAGAUGCAUCGGCAGUCAGAGUUCUGCGUGUCGGUCCCCUGGCUGUUCGUCCUCAUGGAAUUUUGCAAUGCCGGUGCGUCUGACCAUUGACACGCGACACCCAGGGCCCUCUUGUCUCACCUAUGUGCCGUUGGUGUGUGGUGUAGGCAACCUGGAGGACUUUGUGUGGGAUGCCCGCAACGGGCAGCCACAGUACCUCACCGACAUGCAGAUCUGGUGUGUGCGACCAGAGAGGAGGCACAGACACACAGACAGAGGAGGCGACAGAGAGCUGUGCAAGGUUGCCUUCGGUGUUUUGUGUGUGUGUGUGCAGGAAGCUGUUUCUGGACGCGUGUCUGGGCCUGCAGCACCUGCACCACAUGGGCAUACUCCACAGAGACCUGUGAGCACAUCCAUAGAGGGAGGGACCGAACAGACGGACGCCUUGAGCGGCAUGGCAUCUUUGCAUGUCUUCAGCAAGCCGUCGAACAUCCUCCUGCAGUACUCUGUCGACGAGCUCACCAACAGACAGGUGGGUCGGUGGGGCAGAGACAGAGACGACGAACACACACCGCCCCAUCUGCUCCUUAUUCAUUUGCUCGUAUGUACCUGUCUGCAGACCUGCAGAGGUCUCCUGGCCGACUUCGGCACUGCAGAGGUCACCAGCAGCAGCACACACCAGAUACAUUGCACCUGGACUAUCGGACGCGUUCCUCGCUGCAGUUGUUUUCCGAGCGUGCGCGGCGCGUCAACCGCCACGGGUUCACGGGGACGGUCGAAUACACCGCACCCGAGCUGCUCGAGUGCGACGAAUCUGUAGGCAAAUAUAAUGCACGACAGACAGCCCGACAUCGUCUCGCUGGAUGAAUGAAGGUGUCGCUAUGCGUCGUGUGUUGUGGUGUUUGGUGUGAGGGCAGGGCCACUACAACGAGGAUUACGACGUGCACGCCGACAUGUGGUCUCUGGGCAUCCUCCUGUACGCCCUCUGCUACGCUCAGGUCCCUUACAGCGACCCCGACCCACAGGUGCGCAUCACACACACAACACACACACACAGAGCCGCUGCAUCCAUUCGUCUCGACCUUCGUGUGCGCUGUUCACCUUUAAUGCCCUCCACCCAUCCAUCAGGCGUGUCGGUUGAAGAUCCUGGCGCACACGACAAUCGCUCUGCCCUCCCAUCCCCGCCGCGGCCCCGACCUCCAGCACCUUAUCCACGCCCUCACUGCGCGGGUCAGCCAGCACAAACAAAGAGACAUACACUCAGACCGCCACACAGUUCAGGCCGGUGGGUUGCUGUGUCAAUCGUCCUUGUGCGUGCAGCCUCCAGCGUUGCGCCCCUCGACUGACGACUUGCUGGCGAAUCCGCGCAUCGUCGACAUUCUCAGGGACGCAAACAUUCUCAACGGUACAACACAUGAAUCAGCACAGCGUCAAGGAGUGCCCUGAGUUGUGUCUGUAUGGGUGUCUUUACUCAGAGGCGUCGAGUGAGUUGGCCGACAUGGUGCGGCCGCGUGUCGUCGAGACGGACUCAGCACCCUUACCAAGGGUAACCCAGCCACACACAGAAGGAGGCAACAGCAACCAGCCCUCAUCAACUGUGCGUUUCCCUCCCCUUGUGUCUGUCUAUCUGUCUGUCUGUCUGUCUGUCUGCUUCAUUCAGCAACCGUCUCGCGGCAACCAGCUGUCCCGCACACGUUCUCCCCUGCUGCCGUUCGCCUGCCCCGACCCAUCAGCUGACGUCAUCAUGGACCCCGCUUCCCAGGACAGCAUGCCGUCCGCCCUCCCGCCCCCAGCCCUCCCCAUGCCGCCAUUCAUCGACGACCGGGCCGCUGCAGCCCGCAGCCGGCAGGCCGGGGGUGCACGCAGGCCCCCGGCAUAUCCAGCCAGUGGCAGGGGAGGGGCGGCCUUUGAUGCUGCUGCGGCUGCUGCGCCAUCGAGCAGGCCAUAUGAGGUCAGUGGCAGCCUACCCACCUACACACACGAACUGGUUGGUGCGUUCGUUUGAUGGUUGGUUUGUUUGUUUGUCGUCUGUGUGCAGUUCGAUCGUCGCAUCCACAGCAUCAGUUCCGACACGGACAUGUCGCCGGGCGGCGUGCCGUCUGGCCCCGCCAAGGCGUAUCCGAACAUCCCCAUCCCGCUGCCCAACACCCCCCUCCGGCCCCCACCAGCACCACCUAAUGGCUAGUAAAUGAUGAUCAUAUGGUUCGCAUGACCGUUGUUGGCAUGGCGUGGCGUGAAUGGGUGGAUGUGUGAAUAAUGACGGAUGGGUGGGUGGGUGUGGAUGUUGAGUGAUGGACUGACUGACUGACUGACUGACUGACAUGUAUGAACAACAAAGGAAGGAGUCCAAGAAGGAGUCCAUCCAUGUCUGUCUGUCUGUGUGCGUGGCAUGAGUGAGGCGCGGCGCCUAUUGAGUGGACAGACAUCAGUGAGACGAUGUGCAUUCGAAACAAAUACGCUCCUGACUCUGCCUGCCUGCUGGUGUGGUGGAAUGGGCUGAGUCGACAUAAG